AUGAUAUUGCGAGAAAUGUUAUUUACCGUUUCUUGGUUAUUGGGUUCAAUAUCAGUAACAACAUAUUUAGCCGGUAUAUUAAGAACAAUACCAAGAAUGCAUUUCUAUCGACAAAAUCCAGAAUAUAAAACACUUUACCUACCAAGUAUUCAAAACACAGCUAUCAUCUACUUUUGUUAUGUAUUCACAAUAGGAAUUACACUCACGACAUGCUCAUUUUUCAUCGGCUAUUUGGAAACCAACCCAAAUUCAAUAGUGAUAGCAUACGUUUUGAAAUCUGUUGAGUUUAGUGUUUUUGCAAUUUGUUGCUUCUUGAUGUCAUUUGGAUACAUAAUAUAUGGUAGUAAAUUGAUCAGUAUAGCAAGUGAAGGUAUACACUUAUUGGAAGGUGUAAAUGAUUAUCAAAGUCAUAUUAAAUCAAAAAAUUCUCGUAAUACUACUCAUAGUCUAUCAGGAUUAGAAUUGGAAAUUAAACAUAAAAGAUUAAAACGUAGUGUCCGCAAGAUGCGUAUAAUAAAUAUGUCAUUUAUUUCUUCUAUAAUAAUUUUAGGAAUAAUAUUGGCUGCUUCUGCAAUCUUCUGCAAACAAUUAUAUGAAAACCUAAUCAGUAAUAAAGUAUUUGCUGCAUUUACUAAUUUAUUUCCAAUGUUAGUAAAUGUUGCUGUAAUGGCAGGAAUAGCAUAUGGUGAAAUGACAGUUCAUAAUAAAUAUGAAAUAGGUUUUGAAAAUAAUAUUACUUCUUCCAUAUCAACAAAUAAUCCACUUCCACCAAGAGAAUCAAUUGAGACAAUAGCUGUUCAUACGAGAGAUCCUUCAACUGAUUCAGAAUCUCCUUUACUAUUAUUGCCUCCACCUGUGAUCUUGUCUACAAUAAAUGAUAUUAGCAGCAAUAAUAUUAGCAGAAAUGAUAUUUACCGUAAUAAUAAUGGUGGUAGAUCUUCAUUUGCUACAACAACAAGUUCUUUAAAUUCACCAAUAAAUUCAACUCCAAUGAGAAUAAAUUAUUCAUACAUUUAA